AUGGAUAUUCCACCCGAUUUAUUACAAGAAAUAUUCAUCAGGCUUCCAUGCAAAGACGUCGUCGUUUCCAAGUGCGUUUGUCGAUCAUGGUACAAUCUCCUCUCUCACCCACAUUUCACCGCCAAUUACACAAUUAAUUCGCCGUUCACCGCCGUCUUCUCCGAUCAUCUUAACCCCAAAUCAUUUUCAUUGCUUCAAUUAGGUCAAAAUGGAGGGUUGAUUCCAACACCCAUCAACCCUAAAUUACCCGGUUACCCUGCCGAAAAAUUAGAUUCAAAUAACUCCGAUUUGCAAUUCAUCGGCACUCGAAACGGCUUGCUAUUCCUGUUGUUGCGUAUUCGUUCCCGUAAUCGUACAAUCGAAAAGAUUUACUUUUUCGACCCGAUUUUCGACGAAUGCGUCGAAAUCGUGGAGAACAAAGUAGCGGGUGCCGAAUUCGGGUACGAGUACACGAUCGGCUACGUUCCCGAAAUCGAAACGUACAAGAUCCUGAGAUUUGUUUACGAUGAUAACCAACAAGUUUUACGAGCGAAGAUUUUAAGCGUCGGGGUCGAUCAUGAUUGGAGAAUCUUGGAAGAUCCAUUCACUUUGUUGUUCCCUUUGUCGAACGGAAUCUCGUUCAAGGGCUUCCACCAUUGGGUUUCGACAAACCCUAAUCUUGAUUGGAUAUGUACAUUUGGUUUGUUGGAUGAGAAAUGCAGCGGGAUUCCGAAGCCUCGUGAAUUGAAGCAACUUUCGCACGAGAAGAUGAAUUUGAGGGUAUUGAACAACGAUCGUUUUUCUCUAAUCGAUGUUUCGGUUUGGGGUGAAAUUACUAUAUGGACAAUGGAAGAGUAUGGAGUUGCGGAUUCUUGGUCGAAAAACGUGAUAUCGUGUUUUUCGAUUAAUGGGUUUCCGUGGGAGUUGAGGCGUAGCGAUUAUCAUAUAAUCACGGCUUUCCCGAAUGAAGACAUUCUACUUUCUCAAAAGGGCGGCACGACAUUCUUUUAUAUCAGUAGUGAGAGAAAGCAGUCGACUAAAGUUGAGAUUCCCGACAAAAGUAGCUCAAUGACGAACGCAACUGCAUUUGUGCCGAGAUUUUAUCGAAUCAAAGAGGAUAGCACAAGUGGAGUGCUGCACCGUACGAGAAACCGGAACGUGUUGUCGAGUAGAGUAGAUGUAUCUACUCUUCCAUCAAGGCUUAAGUUGUCUUUCAAGAGGCUUCUUGGUUUUGUUUAA